UUGAACACCCGAGGAUUCAUCGCCCCCCCACACGACACGAUGGUCCGCUACGCAGCAACGAGUAUCGACAAUGCAAAGUCCGCCCGAGCUCGCGGCAGCUACCUUCGCGUCUCCUUCAAGAACACCCGCGAGACGGCCCAGGCCAUCAACGGAUGGAAGCUCAAUCGCGCCGUGACCUACCUUGAGAAUGUCUUAGAGCACAAGGAAGCCGUCCCAAUGAGGCGAUAUGCCGGAAGCACCGGUCGAUGUGCACAGGGCAAAGCAUUCGGCGUUUCCAAGGCCCGCUGGCCCGUCAAGUCCGCCGAGUUCCUUCUCGGUCUCCUCAAGAACGCCGAGGCCAACGCCGACACCAAGGGUCUCGACACCACCAACCUGAUCGUUAAGCACAUCCAAGUGAACCAGGCUCCCAAGCAGCGGAGGCGCACAUACCGUGCCCACGGUCGUAUUAACCCCUACAUGUCCAACCCAUGCCACAUCGAGCUGAUCCUGGCCGAAGGUGACGAGGUCGUCCAGAAAUCUGCGGCUGCUGAGCGUGACCAGUCCCGAUUGAACUCUAGGCAACGUGGUGCUCGCACUCGUGCCGCUAUUACUGCGUCGUAGAGCAUUGGGAAAAGUCGAGGUGGGACGACAUUGAGGUAGACGAGAAGCUGAUGAAAUGGGCAGCAGUGGGUUCGGCAACGGCAUGGGAGUCAAUGAGCGAAUGAAUCAUAGGGUCUUUUCCACCUCCAUAUGUGCUCCGGCAUUGAUUGAGCUUCACUUUAUCAGGUGUCUGGUCGAUAAAAUUAUAUUAGGUCUAUACCUGCUUCC